AUGCUCUCACUCAAGACUCUCCUCAACCCAGCCCCUCCCGGCCAGGAUGGCCCCCUUUCCUUCCGCCCAAGUCCUACGCCCCCGUCUCCGACGUUUUCUGCUGCCACGGACACCUCGAACUCGGCGCUGAAUCGUUCGAUAAUGCCUCCUAUCCGAGUGUCCAAGGACUCUGGGGGCCUAGCCAAGUCGAAGCUGCGAGGCCAGGUCAACUACCCCCCUUUCGAGAACAACCUCGACGAGCUGUCUCUCCGAGAGAUGCGCAAGUUCAGAGUCAAGCCCCUCGGGGGCAUCCAACAGAAUUGCCUUCACAUCCCUUACAACAGCGGCAAGAAGGACUUCUUUGAGAAGACGGGACGAGAGAGCUUCGAAGUCUUUCGAUACGAAUUCACUCUCCCUGGCCAGGACACCGAGUAUGCUGUGAUGUGGGAUUACAACGUCGGCCUUGUACGCAUGACUCCCUUUUUCAAGUGUUGUCGAUAUGGAAAGACGAUACCAGCCAAAAUGCUGGGUCUCAACCAGGGUCUCAAGGAGAUCACGCACAGUAUUACAGGUGGCUCCAUAGCUGCUCAAGGCUACUGGAUGCCGUAUCAGUGCGCCAGAGCCGUCUGCGCGACAUUCUGCUAUGAGGUCGCCGGAGCUCUCAUCCCCAUCUUUGGCCCAUCGUUCCCCUCGGAUUGUGUCCCUCGCGACUCGCAAGGGUUUGGCCGGAUGGUCAUCGACUCGCAGAUUGUUGUCGAAGCCGCUCGCGAGGCCGACAUCGCUCGACGCAUGCAUUUGAACGCCGCUGCCCCUGUCUUUGGCGCUGCUACCAGCUUUCCUAGAGAUAACAGCGCCCAUCAGACCAUGUAUGCCCCUGAAGAACGCAAGCAUCGCUUUCCGUCGCGCAUAGUAUGCAACCCUCCGUGGGUGCCGGAAAACGAUACCGACCACCACUUCAUGUCGGCCCCUAACUCUGCGUCGAGCACCGGGUCGGGACCUCUUACAUACAUGGUGGCAUCACACCCAAACUCGAGCUGGGCUCCGAUCAACCACUCGAGCCCGCAGACAGACUAUGCGUCCCCUCAUCCGUGGCUGAGUGCCGUGCCGCGUAUCCCGCCCUUGCUGCACCGGUCUAACCUUUCCACUUCGUCCUGGGGCUCCAAGCGACGACUCGAACACGAGGAUUGGGACUACAACUACAGCUACAGAGACAGUGCUAGUCCCAACCUGAGCAUGUGCUCUGUAGUUCCAGCCUCCACCCCCGAGGGUAGCCCCGCCAGGCAGAGAGAAGAAAAGGUCGAGCUACAACCCAGAACCGACAACUCGCAGCAAGACGCCGCCAUGCUGCUCCUCAACCUGUGCAAGCGGGACCAGGAGUCCCCUGCUAUGGGAUCGCUCAGAUCGGUACACAGAGACUCUGCGCUCAGGGAUGAGCAUCGAAGCAAGAGACAGCGGGCGACAUCUCUCUGA